AUGGGUGGUCCCAUGAGGCAUUGUGGCUCAAGGGAUACUGGCGCUGAGCUACUAUGGCCUGUAAACAACAACAUCGUCAAGUCGAAGUAAACUGGCUCGACGUAUCGGUCUGUUGUCUGGCCGUUAUCUGAUUACAGCAAGUAUAGUGAACGCGUUUUCAACAAUGCGUCGAUGGUGCAUCUGAUUUACAGUCAGGACAUCAUCCUCUUCAUUUGGUAGCUUACUAGCCAUGUCCUCACAGCAGCCCAACAGCUCAGCCUCCAACAGCCCCACCAACAUCUUGGGUUCUCCUUUCUCAGUUAUCAGUUCUCCAAUUAACUCCCCAGUGAUCUCACCGUCUCUUGGAUUUGGACCCAUCAGCAACAGUCAGAUCUCUUCUUCAACCCCCUUAUCCGGAAUGCACUCGAUCAGCAGCUCAGAGGAUAUCAAGCCUCCGUUUGGCCUGAGGCCCAUGCCAGCUCACAGCCCUGGAAUAAUGCUGUCUCAGAAGCGCGACUUCUCAUCAGCGUCUAACUAUACGUUUUUCUCAUUUUCAGGCAAACACUAUGGAGUGUACAGCUGUGAGGGUUGCAAAGGUUUCUUCAAACGAACUGUGCGCAAAGACCUGAGCUACACCUGCAGGGAUAGCAAAGAGUGCCUGGUCGACAAACGCCAGCGCAAUCGCUGUCAGUACUGCCGCUACCAAAAGUGCCUGGCCAUGGGCAUGAAGAGGGAAGCUGUCCAGGAGGAGCGCCAGAGGAACCGAGAGCAUGAAGGAGAGAUGGAGUUCAGUGUUGGAGCGAACGAGGAGAUGCCUGUGGAGAAGAUCUUGGAGGCAGAGACAGCAGUGGAGCAGAAGGCUGAGCUGCACUCUGAUGGAGGCUUUGCAGGCAACUCUCCCCAUGACGCUGUUAGCAGCAUUUGUCAGACUGCAGACAAACAGCUGUUUGCCUUGGUGGAGUGGGCAAAGAGAAUUCCUCACUUCUCUGAACUGCCCCUUGAUGACCAGGUCAUCCUUCUGCAUGCAGGGUGGAAUGAGCUCCUCAUUGCCUCGUUCUCCCAUCGAUCCAUUGCUUUAAAGGAUGGAGUAGUUCUUGCCUCUGAGCUGCAGCGUGACACGGCACACAGAGCGGGAGUUGGAGCCAUUUUUGACAGAGAGAGCGUGCAGAAUGCAGAGGUCGGAGCCAUAUUUGACAGGGUUCUUACUGAGCUGGUCAAUAAAAUGAGAGAUAUGCAAAUGGAUAAAACAGAGCUUGGGUGCCUCAGAGCCAUCGUCCUCUUCAACCCAGAUGCUAAAGGGCUUUCUAACACCAGUGAGGUGGAGCUCCUUAGAGAAAAAGUCUAUGCAUCUUUGGAAGCCUACUGCAAACAGAAAUACCCAGACCAACAGGGAAGGUUUGCCAAGCUCCUCCUUCGACUGCCAGCUUUGCGAUCCAUUGGCUUGAAGUGCUUGGAGCAUCUCUUCUUCUUCAAGUUGAUCGGUGACACACCAAUUGACACUUUCCUCAUGGAAAUGCUUGAAGCCCCCCAUCAGUGAAACAUGUACUGUGGUUAGGAGAAGGUAGUUGGAGUAGGACUGGAGUGGAGUGGCACUUUAGGUUAUUUGAAGGUUUGUCAGUUUGUCUCACUGCCGUCUGCGUGACACUAUUUUAGUGCGACACAGAUUUGCUCUUUAGACCAAACUUGAGGCUUGGCAUGAUUUACAAGCUGGUGCUACAGUAUAUGUUGGAAUAACUUCAUGAGUAACGAUGGUUAAAAAUAUUUUUAAAAAUGUAAGCAUUUACAUAUGUUCCUCGCAGGAAUAGUUAUAAUUUGGGUACUCAUUUUUAUAUAAGCUUUUUAGACAACUCAAACAUUGGGCCUCAGUUGUUUCUCCAACUGAACUGAUGCCUAAGGCCUAUUUUUUAAAAGGAAGGCAACCUGAUUCAUGUGUAUUAAGGAUGUAGUUUUCUUGUUAUAAUUCUUAUAUCAAGUCAGAUCUAAAAGUUUAUUAUUGUACCAAACAGUCACCGGGAAGUGCCCAACAACUCAAAUCCAUUGCAGAAGGUAAAAUCUUAACAGUCACAGUGAGAUAUAAGACAAGUCAGUGGUUAAACUGUCAGGUCCAACUUGUCCGUGUUGAUUGAGGAUCAACUUGCAGUUAGUGUUUACUUUGCCAGUUUAGUAAUCUAAUCACUUUGUGGUUAACGAUUAGACUGUACUGCACACUUGCAAUGUGCUCUUUCUAAAACAUACAUAGAGACAGGGCGCAUCUAGGCCACGACCACACGGUGGGGGGUGGGUGUCAAAUCCUCUCGCUCCAUUGACUUUGUAAUGAGUGAAGGUGCCUCUUUGACAGUUGUCUUUUUACAAAAAAAACUGAAAAAUGCCUAAAGGCUGCUGUGUGGUAGGAUGCAUUACCAACAAGGCAAAGAACCCAGAGUUAGUUUUACAUGUAUGUACACACUGAGAGCCGCUGUACCAGAGUCAGAUUCCUUGUGUGUCUGACACACCUGGCCAAUAAAGCUGAUUCUGAUUCUAAAAUAUUUGCAGGAAAAAUGGGGAAACUGGGGGACCUUGCUAAGCUAUAAGCCUUCAUGUGCAGCAAGAUUUUGUCACUGUUAAGUCAAAUUUCCAAAUGUCAGUUUAGGUCAUUAUAUUUCUGUAAGUUCAGAUAAAGCAUUUUGACAGUACGCAACAUUUUGUUAUAAAUCAGAAGACUAUGCAGUAAUGUGUUUGCAUGUGUCUUACCUAAUUACAGUAGCUCGCUAGCAUUCUAACAGCUAACAUGUCCCAUCAUUUUAUCAACAGCACCCCGAUUUCCCUCUAGAUCUGGCUUUGUUUUGGAAAUAAACAAAUCAAUCAUAUUGCUAAUUUUCCUCUCCUGUACUAUAUGUUAGCAAGCUACUGUAGUUAACGAAGUCACCUGCUGCGCACAGACAAAGUGUCGCGAUCCUUGUUUCCCCCUUUGUUCAUACUAUUGGCACGUCUCUGCUUUUGUUGUCUUAAAGUUUAUGGAAUGUUAUCUCUUGGUUCUUUGCCUUCUUGGUAGUGCAUCCUACAACAACUGUUUUGAGGCCUUUUUCAGUUUUUUGUAAAAAGGCCCAUUUGUCAGACACCUUCAUGCAAUGCAAAAUCAGUGGAGCGUGAGGAUCCCGCCCCCCAUCGGUGUGGUGUAUGAUGCCUUGCGCUUUGUCUCCAUUUAACAAAUGCCUGGUCAGGCUUUUGUGCGGUUUCAGAGAUAAUUUAACACAUAUGCACAUCAAACAACAAUCCUAAGAAAAUAUGCAAAACUGAAAAUCCCUUUAUUAAUCAUUGUCAGAAAGUAGCAAUAUAAAAUGCUUUCUGCUUAUCAGUCAUUCAGGGGUUUUACAAAGUAAAUCAUGUCUUGAAAAUUUAUGUAUUAAAUUCUAAGGUACUGUGCAAAAGUAAUUGUUCAGGGAAAAUGUAUAUUGAUAAUAUGAUUAGGAGAAACAAGUGAAAACUUUUAAUAUGUGCCCUUGUUUUUAGUUUUUGGCUAGCGUAAAGCAGAACGUGUCUUGGGUUGCACUGGAUUUGCUGAGACUGUUUCAGCUGUUUAUUUUUUGUGCUCUUUUGAUGGCUCAGUUGAAUUUCCUAGCUUUACUCCCUUUUUUUAAGGUUGCUGUCUUAAUGUCUUUGCAAUUCAUGAAAAGCAAACCAUAAAAACAUUGAGAUCCAUAACACCAGUGGACAGGAAUUUAAACAAGACCAAAUGAGGUCUACAUGAUGGCCAUGAUUGAACACCAGAUGACCUGUAUUGGUAGGCUUGUCAUCGACCUCUAUGUGCUAUUGAACGUGAAGUGACUUGAAGCAUGGGUUGUGUGGACUAAAAAUAAAGAGGCUUAAGUUUGUUUGGGUUUGUAUUUUCUUCACCAGAAGUGUUAAAUGGAACAUAAUUUUCCCUGGAGGAAACUCACACUUUAGGGCAAAAUGACUCAAUUUGAAAGGUAAUUAAAACAUAGCCGUAACAUGUUUCAGUGAGCCUUUUUAUUGUAGUUACAGAGUUUUUGCUGUGGGCAUAGACGCAAUAGAAGCCUUGGCCGUAUAGCGCUUGUGUCCAAGUUCCACAGUGAUGUUAUGGCACAGGCAGCAAUAUGUGGGGUGGGCUACUGUUAAAUAAAAAAAAAAAAUACAAAAAAUGUUGAGUGCAAUAAAAUCAAAGGCUUCUGAGGGAUUCCACUGAUUUAGCUGG